CUCUUAAGUCUUUCAUUAUCUCAAACAUAAACUAAGACAAGACGCUUUUGUCUCUUUGUCCAAAAUCUACGAGGAAUCAAAAGAAGAAGAAUAAAUCGAAUAUUCUUAUAAGUCUUGCGUAUAUAUAAGAAGAAGAUUCAAAAAAAUACAACUAUUUUCUUUAGACAACAACAUUGGUUUUCUCCUCCUUUUAAUGGAAAAGUUUGUAUCCUUAUUUCACGUACGACAUUUUAAAUGUUGUUCAUUGUUAUUCUUCCUCCUUUUAGUAACAUUUUCAUCAAAUGUAGAGUCAGAUAGGAAAGAAAUAAUAGAUGGGAGGUAAUUAUUGUUUCAUUCACGCAGAUUAUGGAAAGUUAAUUACUAGUUUGUAACCAUGCAUACUAUGAUUCUAGUUUUUCUUUUCUUAACAUUUUAUGUGUGGAAAUUCAAUCGAGAUGAGUUAUGAGUAUUCAAACGUAACAUUUUUCAUAAUGAAAUGAUACUUUACCCAUCAUUACGUGUUUGGAAAAGAAAAGAUACAUCUCUAUUUAAACUUACUUAAAUACUUACUUUAGUUACAUGCAAAUCUUUCUAUUUACCGAUGAUAAAUCAAGUAGUAUAUUUUACAAAUUGCCACAUUCCAGAAAGAAAAAGAUCAAAUGGAAAAUCUCUCACGCAUUCCUCCCGGAUAUCGAUUCCAUCCGACCGAUGAAGAACUCGUAGACUAUUAUCUUAAGAAUAAAGUUGCAUUCCCUGGAUUGCAAGUUGAUGUUAUCAAAGAUGUUGAUCUCUACAAAAUCGAGCCAUGGGACAUCCAAGAGCUAUGUGGAAGAGGGGCAGGAGAAGAAAGGGAAUGGUACUUCUUUAGCUACAAGGACAAGAAGUAUCCAACAGGAACACGAACCAAUAGAGCAACAGGCUCGGGAUUUUGGAAAGCAACAGGUCGAGACAAGGCCAUAUACUCGAAGCAAGAGCUUGUAGGAAUGAGGAAGACUCUUGUGUUUUACAAAGGCCGGGCUCCAAAUGGUCAAAAGUCAGAUUGGAUAAUGCAUGAAUAUCGUCUCGAGACAGAUGAAAAUGGACCACCUCAUGAGGAAGGAUGGGUGGUUUGUCGAGCUUUCAAGAAGAAACUAACGCCUAUAAAUUACAACAAUCCAAGAACAAUGAUGGGAUCAUCAUCAGGGCAAGACUCUAAUUGGUUUCCACAGCAGAUGGAUGUUGCUAAUGGUAAUUACUACCAUCUUCCUGAUAUAGAGAGUCCAAUAAUGUUUCAAGGCUCAUCAUCAUCAUCAUUACACCAUAAUGAGAAUGACCCUUAUGGUGUUGCACUGGGCACUAUCAACGCAGCACCAAGCACAUUAAUGCAACGAGAUGAUGAAGGUGAUCAUGGUCGUAUUAUUACUAAUGAUGCUUCUCAUAUGGUCAUGAUGAACACAAAUAUUGAUCAUCAUCAUCAUCAAUCAGGACUACUACUCAAUGAUGAUGAUGAUUAUAAUGAUCAACUGAUGGAUUGGCAAAGUCUUGACAAACUUGUUGCUUCUCAGCUAAUCUUGAGCCAAGAAGAGGAAGCAGUUAACCAAGAUCCAUCUAAUAAUUUUUCGAAUGAAACAUAAAAUCAUCUCUUUGAAGAGAAACCAUCUUCCUCUUGGGCUCAAAAUACACACAAGUAAGAUCCAUCCUCAAACAUGUGAGAUAUAUAUAAUUAAUUAAUUGUGGGUCAUCAUGCUAUCGAUUGUAAUUUUAUACCAAAUUGUUUAUUUAUUAUGUACACUUUAUAGUACUUUUGUGUCAACGUGUGUAACUUUCUAGUGUUAUGGAAUAUAUA